CGCUUAUGAUGACAACAUCACCGUUGUGGGAAAUGCUAACAGUUGCUUUUGCACCACACUAUUCAUCCGUUGUACGCGUUGUGCGCACCGAAAAACUAGAAGCCGACCACUUGCUUUUGAGUACUACGCCAGCUCCUCGCAAGUUUUAAUGGCAACUCCAAUGUCUGAUCUUGCGGAUGCAAGAUUUCGUUUUUGUGUCUUCUACCGUCAAUGUUUCCUCUCUCCAAACUGUCUCCUUCUUUUUGAUUUGUUCAUAUCCGGGGUUCUGGAUCGUCGAGGAGAUGUGGUGUUGGUGCUGGUGCUGAUCAUGAUGUUACUGAUGCUGUUACAGUGGCACUGCUGCUUGUUCCCGUCGUGCUGGUUGAUGAAAAUACCACGCUGGCCGCCGAGCUUAGCGAUGUUUCUCGCAAAAGAAACCAAUGGAGUGGCUACAGCCUCGUCAUACUUCUCGCUUGAAACCGAACGACAGCAACAUCGGCAACAGCGACGCAACGGAACUCAGCGCGUAAGCUAACGAUAGUAUGAGAUAGCAUAGUUCGUCAAGGGGUUGCAAGAGUGUCAAGUUCCAAGACGCAUGGCUGAUUUUGGUGCGACAUUUAAAAGUGGAAAUGAGGGAGGGGGGCGAUGUGAGGAAAUAGCAUCCACUUUCACACUGUGCUAUAGGUAUUUGAAAAAGGAACAGUCAAAUGGAAAUUUGUCCCAAAUUGCAGAGCAAAUCCCUCAGG